AUGGAUAGUUGGUUCGCAAACGAGAAUCACAUUCGCGAUUGGUUAAACUGCACCCCCCAUAGCCAAGUGGUCUUGAGGGUUGGGCUACGGUACAACAGUGUGCAUCAUGGAAGACCGUACUACAUAAUGUGGUCGGCCGUGUAUAUUGUCAAUGCAUUCGGCACGUCGACCGUGAAAGCCACUCGACGCCAGGGAUCAAGAUGGCGCUACGACCGCAUCUUCAUCGGGAUCAUCUUGUGCUGUCUGGGCGUCUAUGGAUUGUACGACAGCGACAUGCUAAUCGAUUCUUAUCUAAAGGCCUAUUGGUGGCUGAUGGAGGGCGUUGAGAUCGACUACCAGGUGGAGGAUAUUGCGUCGAGGGAUGCCGUGGAAAACCAGCUCGGCCUCCGCCAGUCGACCAUCGAGGAGCAGUGCUCGAAGACGACGGGGCGCUGUUGGAGGGUGGUGGACCGGCUGAUUGAAGACAACCUCGGCUCCUAUGCAGAGCGCUGCCUCUUCAUGCAGGGCUUCGAAGAUGAGAGCGACUCGUCGAUUCGCAUCAUACCACCUGCCGGCACCUCGUCUCUAGCCGAAAUCUUCAGCAGCUCGGACAGCCGCUUCUGGCAAAUCGACCACACCCAGAUCACCGCCCAAUACGUCGCCGCCCUUGCCAUCGCCCCAUUCGUGUUCGGGACCUUUAAAAUGGACGAUAAAAAGGAAAAGCGCUCCCUCCUUGAGAUCGGCCUGGGCGGCGGCACCUACGCCGGUUUCAUGCGCCACCACCGCCCCAAUCUGAACAUCACCUCCGUCGAGCUCGACGAGACGGUCAUCUACUUGGCCGACAAGUGGUUCGGCUUCAAGCAAAGCCCACUCCUCCAUGUGCACGCAGCAGAUGGGAUUGUUUUUGUCGAAAAGGCGGCGAGACGGGGAGAAGCCUGGGACGUGGUCCUGGUAGAUGCAUGUGAUGGGAGUCAAAUCAUCCCAUGUCCGGCGCACGUCUUCCUCAACGACGUGUUCAUGGCCGACGUGCGGAAGGUGGUCAAGGAUCAGGGAUUACUCAUCGUCAACAUCCUCGACCUGCACGAAAAUGCCGCAAACAUUGCUGGGGUCUCCAAGCAGUUUGCCAGCCACUUCCCGACCUGCGCCACGCUGCACAUGAAUUAUGAGAUCAACGUCAUCCUCGUCUGCCUACCGUACCAAAUUGGGGACGCCGACGCGCAGCUGCGCUUCUUCGAGUCCAGGAUUCCGCACGUCGUCGAGCAGCUCGGGUUGAAGAAGCUGUUGCCGCAUGUGGUCAUCAGCGCCCCGUACAGUAGUCGC